CAGCGCGGCCAAACCACCAAAAAAGCAGUUGUGGAUUCUGAUAAGAAGAAAGGUGAGCUAACGGAGAAUGACCAGGAUGCCAUGGAGUGUUCUUCAGAGGAGGAAGAAGUUGAUCUUCAGACAGCUCUUACAGGGUAUCAAACAAAACAGCGAAAGCUUCUAGAACCAGUUGAUCAUGGAAAAAUUGAAUAUGAGCGAUUUAGGAAAAACUUCUAUGUCGAAGUUCCAGAACUAGCAAAAAUGUCUCAAGAAGAGGUAAAUGUGUUUCGAUUGGAAAUGGAGGGCAUUACAGUUAAAGGAAAAGGUUGUCCCAAACCAAUUAAAUCCUGGGUCCAGUGUGGAAUUUCCAUGAAGAUCUUAAAUUCCCUCAAAAAGCAUGGCUAUGAAAAGCCCACGCCCAUCCAAACCCAAGCUAUUCCUGGUAUAAUGUCUGGACGAGAUUUGAUUGGCAUUGCCAAAACAGGAAGUGGAAAGACCAUUGCUUUUCUGUUGCCCAUGUUUAGACACAUCAUGGGUCAGAGGUCAUUAGAAGAAGGAGAGGGGCCAGUAGCUGUCAUCAUGACUCCAACUGGAGAACUGGCUUUACAGAUUACUAAAGAGUGUAAGAAGUUUUCCAAGACUUUGGGACUUAGAGUGGUCUGUGUUUAUGGAGGAACAGGAAUCAGUGAACAGAUUGCUGAGCUGAAAAGAGGUGCUGAAAUUAUUGUUUGCACACCUGGUCGAGUGAUUGACAUGUUAGCAGCUAACAGUGGUCGGGUCACAAAUCUUCGAAGACUGACAUAUGUUGUUUUAGAUGAAGCAGACAGAAUGUUUGACAUGGGUUUUGAACCCCAGGUCAUGCGAUUCGUGGAUAAUGUUCGUCCUGAUCGACAGACGGUUAUGUUUUCAGCUACUUUCCCCGGAGCUAUGGAGGCUUUGGCUAGCAGGAUCCUGAGUAAACCUAUUGAAGUACAAGUUGGAGGCACGAGUGUGGUUUGCUCGGAUGUGGAGCAACAAGUGAUUAUUGUGAUUGAAGAAGAAAAGAAAUUCUUGAAGUUACUUGAGCUUCUAGGCCAUUAUCAAGAGUCAGGAUCUGUCAUUAUAUUUGUGGAUAAGCAGGAACAUGCUGAUGGUCUUCUUAAGGAUUUAAUGAGAGCAUCUUAUCCUUGCAUGUCUCUUCAUGGAGGCAUUGAUCAAUAUGACAGAGAUAGCAUCAUAAAUGACUUUAAGAAUGGGACCUGCAAACUUGUGGCUACCUCUGUUGUUGCCCGAGGUCUAGAUGUGAAACAUUUGAUUCUUGUAGUAAAUUAUAGCUGCCCCAACCAUUAUGAGGAUUAUGUACACAGAGCAGGGUGGACUGGAAGAGCAGGCAACAAGGGUUAUGCUUAUACUUUUAUCACAGAAGAUAAAGCUCGCUAUGCUGGUGACAUAAUUAAAGCUCUUGAAUUGUCAGGGACCACAGUACCCCCUGAUUUAGAGAAACUGUGGCAUGAUUUCAAAGAUCAACAGAAAGCUGAGGGGAAAAUAAUUAAAAAGAGUAGUGGGUUCUCUGGUAAGGGAUUCAAGUUUGAUGAAACAGAACAAGCUUUGGCUAAUGAGAGGAAGAAGUUACAAAAAGCAGCUCUUGGUCUGCAAGAUUCAGAUGAUGAGGAUGCUGCAGUUGACAUUGAUGAGCAAAUUGGCAUGUUUAAUUCAAAGAAGAGAGUAGAGGAUAUGGCUGCUCCUGGAACAUCAAGUAUUCCUGCUCCAACUGCAGGAAAUGCUGAGAAAUUAGAAAUUGCUAAGAGAUUGGCUCUCAGAAUCAACGCCCAGAAGAAUUUGGGCAUCGAGUCUCAGGUAGAUGUGAUGCAACAGGCCACCAAUGCAAUUCUUAGAGGUGGCAUUCUGGCUCCCACUGUUUCUGCAAACACCAUUGCAGAACAACUUACCGAAAAGAUCAAUGUCAAGUUCAAUUAUGUGCCUUUAGAGAAACAAGAAGACAGACAGGAUGGUGGACAGAACGAAUCUUUUAAGAGAUACGAAGAAGAAUUAGAGAUCAAUGACUUCCCACAGACUGCUAGGUGGAAAGUUACCUCUAAGGAAGCUCUGCAGAGGAUCAGUGAAUACUCUGAAGCUGCAUUUACAAUCAGAGGAACAUAAUUCCCUCCUGGUAAAGAACCCAAGGAAGGCGAGUGGAGGAUUUACUUGGCAAUUGAAAGUGCCAAUGAACUGGCUGUGCAGAAAGCAAAGGCAGAAAUCACCAGGCUCAUAAAAGAAGAGCUGAUCCGGCUGCAAAAUUCAUACCAACCAACAAACAAAGGAAGAUACAAAGUCUUAUAGACAUUGGAAAAAAGAUUUUUACCUGUGCUGGUCUAUGAUAGAUGUGGCAGUUGCAGUCUGCAGUUUACAAUGUAUUGUAAAUUAAGAUUUUUAAAAUUCUGUCUUGCUGAUUUUUUUUAAAUACAAGAAACUAGUAUUUGGUAAAGAAAUCUGUCCAUAAGUACCCUCACAAUCAAUCAGACUAUAUUUAAAGCUGGCCUGUUUUCAGACUAUGAUGUCCUUUAAUGUAAACUUAAAUAUCAAUAUUUUAAAUGUCUGGAUAAUAUUCUAGAGGUUUAAAAAAUGGAAAUAUUUGAACUUUCUAUUUAAGACAAUAAAGUACACAAGUCGUUAAGGGGCUAUUCACUUUAUCCUGUACUUUCAAUGAAAUUGUGAUCAUUUCCUAUAAAAUUCACUAUCAUAUUUUGUGUCCCCACCUUGAGCUUAAAUGUUACAUGACUCUGUGGAACAAUAUGAACUGAAUUUAAGAAUGUUAUAAUAGAAGUCUUACAAAA